AUGGUGAAGGAAUGUCGCUUCCGUGUUAUCGAUGGCCCUUGGUAUCCUGACUCUUGUCCCGUCUGGGAUGGCGUUUCGCAACUAAAGACCGCGCCACCUUCAUUUGAGAGGGGGCAUUUCAAGAAGGUUAUGUUCGCUUUUACGAGUGGCCAACUCAGUUCAUAUCAACAACAGUCCGUCGGUUAUUGGUUACCCUCAAUUCCUGUGCAAAGCAACACAUGGAUACGGACGGACCAUCAUCUACACGCUACUACUUGCGCCUACACACGAAGAGCAAUAGACAGUGGGUUGACUUGCGCCCGUACACCGGGCUCGCGACGCACGAGGUCAAAAAGUUAG